AUGGCGUCGGUUUGUUUACAAAAAUUUCACGAUUCGAAAGAAAUUAACAUUUUCAUUGAAAGACAGCACGAGAAGGUUGAAAUUGUAAAGGGCCUUCUCAUUGAUAAACAUUUUGAGAAAUGUAUAGACUUGUGUAAAACUAUAAUUAAUGAUGGAAAAGAAGCUAUUGAGUUUUCACCCCGAAACUCCAGUUUACCUCCCCAGCGAACACAUCGUUCCUCCAGUCCCAGUUCGAGUGAAAUCACCUCAAGAUUAAAUGAAAUAAUAGACACAGCUGUUAUUUUAUCAAUUCAAGCCAUUGCUGAGCUGAAUAAAUGGACAGAAGUUAUUCCGUUUGUCAGAAAAACUUACGGUGAAAUUGAAAAUUGCCCACCAAAAGUCAUGCAAAUAUGCCUUCUCUUGCACGCCAGAGUAAAAGAAUAUAUUCAGUGUCACGCCUUGGCCAAGAUAUGGACAAGUUGUGAAAGCAAUCAUCAAUUAGUAGGCUAUAGAGAUGUUGUCAAUGUUUACAUCCUACAGAUUAUUGCACCUAUAAAAUCCUCAUCUCAUACUAUAAAAAUGCUGAACAAUUUUAAAGGUUUGUCCCCAAAGGAUAAGCUUGAAUUGACUCAGAAAUUAAAAGAGUGUAAAAAUGUUCGUGAAAAUGAACGUAUGAGAAAUAAGAACUCUGGAAGUAUUAAUGAUUCGAACCGACCAGAAGCUGCACAUGGUGAUGAUGAUAUUGAUCAAAGUUAUCCGAAUCCAUUAGAAGAAACUAGCAACAAUCCAUUUGAUACUGUGAUACAAUAUGGAAGUUGUAAAUUAAGACAAUGGUAUAGUCAAUUAACCAAAGAUAAAUUAUUUCAAAUCUGGAAGAUUAUAUUGAUGACAGCUCUCGCUAUUUUUGCAUUUAUUCAAACCCAGUAUGGUGAUUUUGCUAGUAAUUUAAACCGAGCAAUGGUUGUAUGGCAAGGUGUUUUAAAAAUCUUUAAAACAAUGUUUGGCUUUGAUCGGCCCCAAUGA